AUGACUGUGGAUGAUGUGCCAGUCUUCUACUAUGACAGUAAUAUGACACGUGCAUUGCCUGUCCCUGAAUGGCUGAACAGCACAACAGCACAGCAAUACUGGGAGUUCUUCACUUUCAGAGUAGAAAUCAACAAACUCAAAACAGUAAAAGGUCUGAAAUCAGCCACACAGCAGUUUAAUGUCACAGGUGCUUCCAAAAAUAUUUAUCAGGUCCAGGAACGAUGUGACCUCUAUCCUGACGGAACUGUACGCGCCUUUUUGAUUCAUGCAUUUAACGGCAAAGAUUUCUUGAGCUUUGACAUUGAGAGUAAAACAUAUAUAGCUGCAGUGCCUCAAGCAGUCCACUAUAAAAGACUGAGGGAGAGAGAUCAUCCUGACCUUGACUUCCUUGUCCAUUUCUACCAUACAAAAUGUGUUAAAGUAAUUAAGGAGUUCCUCCAACAUGCUCCCAGCAUACGCAUGAAGAAAGUUCCAGAAGUCAGGCUUUUUGAGAAGCACAGCUCUACCUUCACAGAGAUCACAUGUCAUGUGACUGGGUUCUACCCACGAACGGUGCAGGUUCAGUGGUUUGGGUCAGACAUGCAGCCUGUGAUGGAGGUGGAUAGUGAAAACAAAGUGUUACCGAAUGGAGAUGGUACUUAUCAGACAACAAAGAGUGUUGUGAUACCAGCAGAACACACAGAAAUACAUCACUACAGCUGUGUGGUCCAACAUAGCAGCAUACCUGGGAAUAUCACCAAAGCUUGGGUUUAA